AUGGCAACAGAACAAGUCCUUCACAUGAAGGGUGGCGUUGGAGAAACAAGCUAUGCAAACAACUCCUUGUUACAGAAAAAAGUGAUAUUGCAAGUGAAAACCUUACUUGAAGAAAAUAUGAUAUCGAUGGUGUCCAAGAAAAUGAAUAUUUAUUGUUUGAGAAUAGCCGAUUUAGGUUGCUCGUCUGGACCAAAUGCACUUACGGUCAUCUCUAAUAUCAUGAACAUCAUCCAUAAAAUAAGCUUGGAUUUAAACCAUGCGAUAACACCUGCAUUUCAAUUUUAUCUCAAUGAUCUAUAUGGAAAUGAUUUCAAUACCAUCUUCAAGUUACUUCCUGAUUUCUACCGACAAAAAAGAAGAGACAAUGUUGGAGAGUGCUUCAUAAGUGGAACACCAGGGAGUUUUUAUGGAAGGCUCUUUCCGAAUAAUCACAUCGACUUUUUUCAUUCAUCCUACAGUGUGCAUUGGUUAUCUCAGGCCCCGAAAGAUUUGGCCAAGAAUGCAGAACCACUUAACAAGGGAGACAUUUACUUCUCAAAAACAAGCCCUCCAUCGGUCUACGAAGCUUAUUAUAAGCAAUUUGAAAAAGAUUUCAAGUAUUUUCUAAAGUCACGUUUUGAGGAAUUAACAUUGGAUGGUAUGAUGGUACUAACAUUCCUUGGCAGAGAAACUUCUAACUUUAACACUGCUCAAGGUGUAAUUGGCAUGGUACUCAAGGAAAUGGUUAAAGAGGGUUUGGUUGAAGAGGAGAAAUUGGACUUAUUUGAUUUUCCUGUUUACUAUCCUACUGUAGAGGAAGUUAGACAAUUGAUUGAGGAAGAAGGAUCUUUUACCCUUCAAACAUUGAAAACUUUUAAAAUUGGUUGGGAUGCAAACCUACAAGAAGAUAUUGUUGAUUAUGUUGUUGAUAGCAAAAUGAGAGGGGAGUUCAUAGCCAAGUAUAUUAGAGCUGUUUAUGAACCUCUUUUAAUAGCUGAGUUUGGUGAAAAUGUCAUGGAUGAAUUGUUCUCAAGGUAUGCAAAGAUGAUUUCUGAACUCAUUGAGAUAGAGAAUUUGGAGUUUACUAAUAUUGUAUUGUUUGUGACCAAGAAUUCUUGAAGAUGGUAAGAUGAAUGUUGGACUUUAUCCAGAAUAAGAUGGUAAAAUAAGGUUGUCAUAGUU